AUGGCGUCAAUGGCAUCAAUAAUAGCUAGUGUAAGAUUACUCAACAGUCCAAGAAAUCUGUUGAUCAAGGAUGAGAAGAACAAUGCCGCAAUCGAGUUGAAACAGCGACGCCUUUCGGUGAUGGCAAUUGGUAGGAGUACUCCACAUAGUGUGGACAGCAUCAAUGAAAAGAAGGUGAAUGGGAUUAAUGUGGGAGAUAAAUCCCCAUUAGUAAUAGGCAACAAAAAGAAUGAGAUUUUGAAAGAUGGAAGUAUAGAUACACCUAUACAUGCAUAUUUGCUUGGACAAUUUGUGGAGGACAGGUUUGUUUACAGACAGACCUUUAUUAUCAGGUCCUAUGAAACUGGACCUGAUAAAACUGCUACCAUGGAAACCCUACUGAAUUUGCUUCAGGAAACAGCUCUGAAUCAUGUGGCAAGCUCUGGCCUCGCCGGGAAUGGCUUCGGAGCCACCCGUGAGAUGAGCCUCCGGAAACUUAUUUGGGUUGUCACACGUAUCCAUAUUCAAGUACAGAGAUAUAGUUGUUGGGGAGAUGUAGUUGAGAUUGAUACUUGGGUGGAUGCACAAGGGAAAAAUGGAAUGCGAAGAGACUGGAUAAUCCGAGACUACCAUACUAGAGAAAUCAUAACUAGAGCAACAAGCACUUGGGUGAUCAUGAAUAGAGAAACAAGAAGAUUGUCCAAGAUUCCUGAACAAGUGAGAGAAGAAGUUGCACCAUUUUACCUGCGCAGAGCAGCAAUUGCCACAGAAAAGAAUGACAAUGAAAAGAUUGACAAACUCACUGAUGAAACUGCCGAGAGAAUCCGGACUGGUUUAGCACCAAGAUGGAGUGAUAUGGAUGCUAAUCAGCACGUAAACAAUGUAAAAUACAUUGGUUGGAUUCUGGAGAGUGUGCCAAUGAUUGUGUUGGAACAUUAUGAUCUCACAAGCAUGACUCUUGAGUACAGAAGAGAAUGUAGGCAAUCAAAUCUUCUUGAAUCCUUGACAAGUCCCACACCAAAAGUGGCUUUUGAAGACUCAAACAAUAACUCAAUCAACCGUAGACCAGACAUUGAAUACACACACAUGCUCCGCAUGCAAGCUGAUAAGGCAGAGAUUGUAAGGGCAAGAACAGAAUGGCAUUCCAAACAAACUCAUAUAUAUUGA